AUGUGGAAAGAAGCACCCUGUUAUGAAGAUAAACUCCAGACCAGUUGGAACUUAUCAGUUAAUGGUACGCCAAUGUUCCAAUUAGUAUCAAAAUUAAAAAGGCUGAAACAGGUGCUAGUGAGCAUAAAUAGAGAGGGUUUUUCUGAUAUUCAACAGACAGAAUUUAAGGCAGGAAUUGUAUUGAAGGAACUUCAGGAGCAAUUGCAGAAAGUUCCCUUACAUGACAGGUUGAUUUCUCAGGAGCAAGUGAUUAGAGAACAGUAUAUGCAUUACCAUAAAGCUUACAUGAGUUUCUUAGCUCAAAAAGCUAAAGCUUCUUGGAUGGCUAAUGGUGAUGAAAAUACUCACAUCUUUCAUGCUUCCCUUAAGGCAAGGAGAAUACAGAACAGAAUAUUGUCCAUCAGGAAUGAGGCAGGGAUUUGGGUAGACUCUCCUACAGAUAUAACAAAGGCUUUUUUGGAUUAUUAUAAAGGCUUGUUGGGGACAGCAAUGGUGCAUAGGAAGAAGGUGUCUUGGUCAAUCAUGAAGUUCGGACUAGUUCUAAAUGCAGCUCUCAUUCAGACUCUUUCAACAGAUUUCUCAGCUCAGGAGGUUAAGAACGUGAUAUUUGCAAUUCCAGGAUUGAAAGCCCCAGGCCCAGAUGGAUAUAGUAGUUACUUUUACCAGGAUAAUUGGGAUUUGGUGGGUUCGGAGGUUACUACAGCUGUGCUAUCCUUCCUUACUUCAGACCUAUUUCCUGUUGUAAUGUCAUAUAUAAAGCUGCCUCCAAGUUGA